AUGAAGAAGCUUCAAAAGAAAGGAUUAGGAGAAACUGAUCAGUCUGCUGCACUUAUAGUGGAUGAAAUUUUUCAAAUUUUAGACCAUGAAUCAAUGUCUGGAAAUGAUAAUGAAAGUUUAGUUCGACAUGUAUUUUUUUGGCUUUCACUACUUUGUGGUUUGCGAGGUGGUGAUACAGCCAAAUUAAAAGUGAAUUAUAUAAGCCGUCAACCUCAUGGUGGGUUGUUUCUUGUACUUACAUAUGAAAAAAAUAAUCAACAUGGUGCCUUGAAGCAUAACAAAUAUGAAAAGUCAGCUGCAAAAAAAUUACCAAUCACUCUUGAUAAUUCAAAUAAUCGUUUCAAACCUGUUUAUGAUAUUUUAAAAAUGAUUUUUCUCCGUCCUCUUAAUGCUGAUAAUGUGCUAUUUUUAGAAACCUAUUUACAAAAUGGCAUUUGGUUCAAAACUAGUUCUAUGGGUGAAAAAAAAUUAGGAACUAUGAUGUCGCAAAUUGCAGAUCUUACUAAAAUCAACUUAGACAAUGGAUGCAAAAUUACUAAUCAUUCACUACGUCGAACAGCAAUUCAAAGACUUAAGGAUUUAAAUAUUCCAGAGGAUGAGCGAAUAGAAUUCUCAGGACAUAGAAGUCAUUUGCCAUAUGAAGAAUUUAACUAUUUUCCUAGUAACAGCAUAAAUUAUUUAAAUUUUGAGAAUAAUCCUGAAAUUUAUAAUGAUUCAAUUUUUAUGACAGCAGCAGAAAACUACACAUUUGAUAAUGGGCCAGAACCAUAUAAUGAAUAUUCAGAUUCGAGUAAUUCAUCACCUAUCCUACCACCAGCAAGAUCGAAUUAUGACAAAAGAUCAACCUUCAGAUCCUGUAUUCCAAGAUUAUCAAGCCAUCGGUCUCCUUUAAAAUCUGUCUCUAAUCAAGCGGCACCAUAUUAUAUACCAACUUUUCAUGAUAUCAAAAAACUUCAUAAAUCUUCAUCUGAUUCUAAUAAUAAGCAGGAAAUACAUUACCAUUUUCACUAUCAUUUGUAA